AUGAAAAAGUUGAAUAACCAGAGACAAGUAUUUGAAGUGGAGAAAAUAGUGGAGCGGCGUGUAGUAUCAGACAAGGUCAGAAUUGCUUGUCCUGAAAGGAUGGAACAAAUAAAGUUAUCCCACAUACCAACCAACCAAUGUUCCUUAGUUUGCACCCUGUGCAAGUUGAAGACAGGAGUUUGUAUUCAGUGCUCUGUAAGAAGCUGCACCACAGCUUUUCAUGUCACCUGUGCCUUUGAGCACAACCUAGAGAUGAAGACCAUCCUAGAUGAUAGCAACGAAGUAAAGUUCAAGUCAUUCUGUCUCAAGCACAGCCAAAAUAGGCAGUCACUUGGGGAGGUUGAGCCCCACAACCACAUGACUGCUGAACCAAGCCAGAACAAGAGUGAGAAAAAUAACAUGAGGGCACAGAAGCUUCAUGAGCUAGAAAAAGAGUUCUAUUCCUUUGUGAAAUCAAAAGACGUGGCUGCAGAACUAGAGUUACCCUUGGAAACUGUGGAUUUCAUCAAUAAGUACUGGAAACUCAAGCGCAAAAGCAACUUCAACAAACCAUUAUUUCCUCCCAAGUUGGAAGAAGAAAACAUCCUAGUACAGCCAAAAGAAGAAAAUAUUCACACUUGCAUGAGAAUGUUUAUGCACCUGCGGCAGGACUUGGAGAGGGUACAAAAUCUGUGCUACAUGAUAAGCAAAAGAGAGAAGCUGAAACUCUCUCAGAACAACUUACAGGAGCAGAUCUUCAACUUGCAAGCCCAGAUUAUGCACGACGAAAUUGCUACAGGAUCUCCUUCGACAAAUUCACUAGAGAAUGCACUACUUUCCUCACCAUCAAAAGUUGCCUUAAAGUCGGGGGCCAGACCAAUACCAGAAGAUUGCAGAAAUGGCACCAUAGAGACUGAUCAUCGACCCUGCUCCCCUAGCAGUGGCUUGCUUACUCUCAGUAAAAGAAGCCUAGAGGUGCCUGAAGAGCCACUGGACCUGCAAGUGAUAUCGUCUACAAGGCCUCUGCUAGAAAGCAAGAAUAAGUGCUUGCUGGACAGCCACAACCAUUCUCAGAAUGAAGCCAACAGUCCCAGUCCUACUCAGAAAUCUCCAUCUUCUGAGUUUUCUCAUGGGUCGUCAGUGGAGGUGGAGAAGUCUCCAGUCUUUGAGGCUGUCCUCUAUGGACAGUCUCGUAGCAACAAUGGAAAUAGUGAGCCUAGCCCCAAGUCUGCCAAGUCAGAUGGCCUUGAGGACAAUCUGCCUGUGAAUGUCAUCCAGGAAGCUAGUGCUAGUGAGAUGCUCGAUAACCAGGAGCCCAUGGUAGGCUCCCACUUAGCUGGUCAGAGUAGCUUUAGAAAAUCAACUUUGGAAAAGUUCAGCAGAUCCUGUAAAGAAACAACCAAAAAAUGUGGAAGGAGCACUGAGGGCCCCCAAUGCUAUGUGAAACAGAAUAUAAAUCUUAAAGAGCAGUUCCUGGGUAGGCAGCAUCUCAGGCAAUACUCUGAGAAAGCUGCACAUCCAGAGACCAAUGGGUAUUGCCCAGAUUUGAAACUGAGUGAUUUGGAGAGCAAAAGUGAUGGAAGUAAGGAAAAAGCCAUUGUAAACAAAUAUAGUUCAGACAAGGAACAUCUGGAUUCUGAACAGGAUUGCCAUAGGGAAAGCGAGGUACAUCCUCUUCCCCAUGGUUCAAUGCAGAGGUGA